UGGAGGAAAUGCGGAAGACGGGACUUCCCAUCAAGCGAGCCAACCCGGUCCCGUUCGGCGUUCGGGCCAUCCAGAGCGGCAUCGAGAUUGACGGGAUAUGGAUUUCCAGGCCGGCAUCGCUUAACGAGCUUUCCUCGAUAACGCUCGCCGGCCGAGACUCGGAUUCGCAGAAGAAGGGGCGAGACUGCUCGGGAGACGAGCGGUCCGUAAUCGUGACUACCUCGACCCUAAACCACGCGGGCCCCAGGCAAAGUCCAUCCGCCGCCUCCAUCUUCCAGAAGCUGAACGACACCGACUCGAUGGAGAGCAGCCAAUCGUCCGCCCCGCCCGUAUCGCAGUUCGCCUCCCGAAAAACCAAGCGGCACCCUUCCCGGCAACUGACCGGCACCCUGAACGAAGACACCCUCCGAAGACUAGAGGGCCAAUCUCCGACGAAGCCGCUCUACGAGACCUACGUCCCGACCUCUUCCUUCACGACCCGCCGCUCACACCCACGCCCACCGCGGCAUCUCAGCCAACAGAGCUCGGCGUCCUCGUCGGCCGAGUCGGUCGACUCGCAGCCGCGCUCUGAGGCGAACAAGAGCGCAAGCGGCCGGAGCUACACAUCGUCGUCGCACAGCUCGAAGCUGUACAUGGCCACCGCUGCCGCUACCGUUGGGAGCUUGCAGGCGUACGCAUACGUGGCGCCGUCGUCGACAGCACGGACCGAGGCACUACAAAAUGCCGCGGCGCUGCGGCGCUGGGCUGAGAAGGAAAGGGACAGGGACAAGGAUGAGGACCAGAACGGCCAUGACCCCUUAGAGACGUCGCCACCGCGGGGGUUUUUUGUGUUUUCUCAGCCUGAGAUGGUAGCGAUGGCGGCGCCAGAACCAACGUUUGGCCCGGGGGAUCUGCACCUUAACACGAGCUCGAGGAGGGUCAAUGAUGGGUUUGAGGUGUUGCCUGCGGGGACCUUCGGAUCGUCCGGGUUGGUAGAAGGGGUAAGGGAGGGUGAACGAGGCGUUGGGCGCGGGUCGAGGUCCGGGAAGAAGUUGCGGAAGUCUGGUGGUCGGUUUGAGCAGCAGGGGGGAAGGUAGUGUUAGGGACUUGGAAAGAACAGAGGGUAGCUUCCCCAUUUGGAUUCGUCUGAGUAGGAUAGUGUGGAUCGAAGCUUUGUAUAAUGUGGCUGAA